AUGCGCGGAGUGUCGAUGCCGUCGCACCAAUUCUCCACCCUGGCUUCUGAGUACCUGCAUGCCCGUGGCGAUCCGAACCAAGGCGCCUUGAUGGAUGAGCUCGCUGCUUGCUGUCGCGCGUACACUCGCAUUGUCCUGCGCUUGCGCGCUCAGGCGGAGGCAGAGGCCCGCAAUCCAUCCCCUGCUGUUGUUGCUGCGUCCCAGGCAGCCAGCCCGCCGCCGUCACGCCGUGCUCCUUCAUUGCAGCGCGGUAACUCCCGUGCCUCCAGCCGAGCACCUUCGCAGUCGCCUUCGUAUACCGCGACAAUCCAGGCACCGAUACGCGCUGCGCAGUCGCCGCUCUUUCGUCUUAGGCGUGCACCGCUAAUCCAAGUGUUCGUGCCUUCGCCGGAAGGUGACUGGCUGUCUGAUGACAGCAUACUUGCAUGCGAGGGUGAACUCAAGAAGGCGGGUGUGGCGCAUCUGCUGCGGGCUGGAGAUGUAGUAUGGGACGUGGCUGUUGGCGACGAGGGCAACAUCGGGAGAAUGGUCUGGGACGGGGCAUACCUUGUUGACCUGGACUUCACGUGGUCACGCAUAGGCGAUCUUCCGAAGUACUUGCCAACACUUGCAUUCCCACCUUCGUACUUCCAUCGCGUCAUUCGCACCCAAGGCAGUGGAAACCCAAUCUGCCAUAUCGACAUCGCGCCAUGGGGCGAAGACAUAGCGUCAAACCUGCAGUUGCUUCAGGACAGGGUGAAAACCGAAACACCACAAGGGAACCACCACACGGUUGUUCGCUGGGUCCACCGCUCCUCUUUCACGAUCAUGCCGCCGGCGCCCAACAAACCUCUGCGCAUCCCUCCUAUGCCACACGUCGGGCCAGGGCCGAGCCACGGCGUGUGGCUUGUUGAUCCGGGCUGGUACGGUCGAGUCAUCGUAGAGGCGGAAGGGACAAACGAGGGUCUAGCAGACCUGCAGGUACGCUGCGGACGUGCUUUCCCCCCGCGAGCGGUGGGUGCGCGCGCGGGCGGUGAACAAGCUACAGAGGAGCGUAGUUUUGUAUUCAGGAUAUUGAGGGAGAGAAGCCGACCUGGUGAAAUAUGGAUCCGGACUGUACGAGACAAAGAGCGGCUACGGUGA